UGUUAAAUAUUGAUAGGAACGUACUUACUGCGCAAUCCCAUUUUCCAACUCCUUAAAUAAAGAUUUGCAGAUACACUGUACGCUUUUCUUCCGGAAACACUGCAAUGGAUAACGUAGAUCUGAGUGACCCACCAGCAGGCCUGGAAAAUGAGUUCCAUACACUACUGACACCUGAUGCAAUUCAUUUUCUGUCUGAGCUUACUACAGCUUUUAAUAAUGAUGUUGAUAGGAUUUUGUGGCAACGAGCAGCACGGAAAGUUGAGCUUGACAUGAAAAAUGGUUAUCCAGACUUCCCUCUGGAAAACACUCACAUUCGAAAUGAUCCACACUGGAGGGUUGCAGCUGUUCCCCAAAGACUGCAGAACAGACAUGUGGAUAUUGGUGAUACAGCACCUUGUCAGACUGAACGUUUUCACCAAGCCCUACUGUCGUCUGCCCAAGGAAUUCAGGUGGACUUUGAUGAUGGAAACUGUCCGACAUUUGUCAAUCAGAUAAAGGGAAUUUUUAAUGUCUACCAAGUUGUUUAUAACAAGGUACCAGGUAUACCACCAAUCUCAGAGGCCCCAGUGUUAAUGCUUAGACCAAGAGCCUGGAACAUGGUGGAGCACAAUAUGCUGGUAAAAGGCAGGGAGAUCCCUGGUCCUCUCUUUGAUUUCGGUCUACUGAUAUACCAUACAGGAAGAAGACUUUAUGAAAGUAAAAGUGGACCCUUUUUCUAUUUAUCAAAGGUGGAAAGUUACCACGAGGCCAGACUGUGGAAUCAGAUAUUUGUAUGGACCGAGGAAAAGCUUAACCUACCCUUGGGAAGCAUAAAGGCUACAGUGCUAAUCGAAAGUGUGUUGGCUUCCUUUGAAAUGGAAGAAAUCCUGUAUGAGCUUAGACAACAUUCUGCUGGGCUGAACUGUGGCAUCUGGGAUUACUCUGCAUCUUUUGUUAACAAGUUUGGACAUAGAUUGGAGUUCUUACUGCCAGAUCGCAGUAAGUAUGUAAACAUGGAAAAAAAGUUCCUCAAAAGCUACAUGGAUUUACUGGUCCAGACAUGCCAUCGGCGAGGAGCCCUGGCUACAGGUGGUAUGGCUGCUCUGCUGCUCCCCGAGGACAAAGAAAGUGAGGAAUAUAACAGUGUCAUGGAAGCUGUCAAAAGGUUAAAGCUUUUUGAAAUCAAUGCUGGAGUGGAUGGAUUUAUGGUGUAUGACAUUGAUCUGGUGUUGCCAAUGCAGAAGCUUUUCCAGGAGCACACAGAUGGACCAAACCAGUUACAUGUAAUUCCAGCUGUAAAGAUCACUAAAUCAGACUUACUUACUAUGCCCGCUGGUGGAGUUACUUUGUUUGGUCUAAAGUAUAACAUAGCUGUUGGCAUUCUGUUCAUUGAUGCAUGGCUUAAAGGUAACGGACAUUUCUUCUACAAUGGAAAAGUUGAGGAUUCUGCCACAGCUGAAAUAUCCCGAUCUCAGGUCUGGCAGUGGAUAAGGCACCAAGUGCAGCUGGAAGAUGACAGUAGAAAAGUGACAAGAAAUAUGGUCCAGUGUCUUGUGCAUGAUGUGAAAGAAGAGCUUGGUGAUCAUUUGCAACUUUCAGAUCUACAGAAAAGAAGACUUCUUACGGCAUCUGAAGUUUUCAUGGAGGUGGUUCAAAAGAGGGAUUUCCCAGAAUUCAUCACUACUUACCUCAAUAUGGAGCACAUUUUUGUCUGUGGUCAUUUUUGAAUAUGCCGAUACCACAUAUUGGAUGGAAUGCCAUAAAACCAACUAGGUAGUGAAGCAGUACAGAAAAAAAUAUAUGUAAAAAUACCUUUUCAGCACGAUUUCACAUAAGUCUAAACCAAAAUCAUCAUGUAUAAAUCACGGUAAUAUUUUUUCAGAUAACGAUGAGCAAGGCGUUUAAUAUUAUAGUGAUUGCAAGGUCUUUCAACACGUCAUACUUGCCGAUUCUGCAAUGGAAUUGGACCAUUCCAAAAAAGGUCAAGACAACGUGGCUCAGCAUUUAUAUGCAUGACUACUUGGGUAACACUGUCACCUUCAGGUCAAUAGACACUAACCAAAAAAAAAAAUGGAGGAAUCCCCACUUAGGCAUAACUCCUACUUCAGCUAAGCCUCAGUUCUGUAAUAAGUAAUGGGGAACUGACCAGAUGAGGAGAUCUGUCCUGUGAUGUAUGCCAAGAAAAAGGAUUUUACAGGUAAACCAAAAAUCCAAAUUUCUUAUUCGUACAUCACAGGAUGCAGAGGAGUUCAUACUGGUUUGGCCAAGAAUAGAAUAGAAUACAAGGUACACAUCUUAUGUACCUUUCUGCCGAUUUCUUUACUUUCAGUUGAAAUCCUCUUUCAUACCUUCUUGCCCAAACCAGUUUGUUCAGUAUCGCCAAAAUGUUCUACAACUUUAUCCUGCACAACACAAGAAGCUAAAGUGGAGAAAAAGCAUAAAUAGAUCCCCUGGUGAUCCCAAGGAGUCACCAGGGGAUCUACAGUAUAUGCCUGAGAAUCCAUGGUUCAAGACACAAACCGUUUAAGUUUGUUGUUAAAUGUGGACACCAAAAGAUCCAAAUCUGGCAACCCCAGAACAGAAAAAUCUCUGAACACCUCAGAGUGAAGGGUCCAUUUUCGUGAAUUUAGCUGCUAAUGGCUGGAAUCUAAAGUUAUGCCCAAGACAAGAUUGGGUCUGUUGCUUUGUGGCCAACAUGACUUCUUGUCCCUCCUAGAUGUAUGCCACAGCUGUGCUGUUGUCGGAAAGCACUCCGAUGGGAAGACCCUGAAGGUGGACAAUCAGUGGAGAGCCAGUUGAAUUGCCCACCAGGAACUUGAUCGCCAACCUCUGGUCUUCCGAUAACCAUGUUCUCUGAAUUGUGAAAUACUUUAGAACACCAUCCCAGCUCAACGGGCUGGCACCCAUCGUUAAGACCUUCCACAGUUCAUCAGACGAAAGGAUAUCCCAGAAUCCAGCAUCUGUGUGGAUAUUUACCAUCCCAGAGCUGACCUGAUCUCAGGAGACAGAUGCAUUGACAGAUCCAAGGAUUCCUGACCUUUGCCCCCUAACAGCUCAGAAGUGAAACUGGGGACCAAUUCAAAGGCAGCUACAAUCUUCCCCAACACCUCCAUGCCUGCCUUUUAUCGAGGGACCUUCCAAUGACCUCAGGGACUCCACCUAGAUUCAAAGAUACAGGCAUUCCUCCUGUGGAAGCAGUACCUUCACCUCUGCAAUGUAAAAUACUAAGCCCAAGUAAGCCAGAUAUUGAGUGUGCCAGAACCAAAAGUUUCCUAAAGUCCAGGACACAGUUGAACUUCUCCUGGUCUUUUACUGGUUGCUUGACAGUUUGAGCUGAUUCCUCCCUGAGAAGCAGGUCAUGCAGGUGCAAAAGGUGAUAAUGUCUGCGCUGUGAAGGAGAACACUGCCAAUAGGUUAAGGGCAAUGAAAAGGGAAUGGGCCCGUGGGGGCAGUGAGGUGAAAGAAAAUAUUUCUAAGUGACAAACAAAUAAGCAAUGCAAUUGUCAAUCCUAGUAGCAAAGUGACUUAGUUUUCAAAAACGAAGACAGGUCAUGCAGGUACCACACAACCAGCCCCCCUCCCCCAGGCCCUCAACAAUCCCAGAACCAAAAUCCACACCUCGGUAAACACUCUAGGGGUAGUGGACAGGCAUAACAUCAAUGUUGAAAACAGAAACCAUUGGUGAGGCUGGAAAAUCAGGAUAUCUGGGUUGGAAUCCUUGACAA